CAUUCUUUAACAUCUCGGUUGCUGACUUGCGUUCAGAGAGCUAUCUGGAAAUCAGGAAGACAAAAAGAGGCUCCUGAGCAUUGGUGUCACUCAACAGGAUUUCUUUAAGGUCAGGUGUCAAUGGUGAAAUGGAGUUUGUGUCGGCUUGGAUUCUAUCUGCAUCGAGUCUACCCUUUUUCUGUUUCUUUUUGGGCAUGAAUGCCCAGCAGGCUUUCAGAACUGAGCCUAGAAACCUCACUGUGCGGAUGGGAGCCACAGCUGUGCUUAAGUGUGAGGUCCUGAGGGCCUCAGGGAUUGUGCAGUGGGCGAAAGAUGGCUUGCUUUUAGGACCCCAGAGGAGCCUGCCAGGCUUCCCACGCUACAGCAUGAUCGGAAGGAAAGGACAAUAUAAUCUUAGGAUUGAAAAUGCACAGCUUGAAGAUGAUGCAUCCUUUGAGUGUCAAGCUGGCCAAUCUGAGAGAAGUGAUGCAAUUAUCUCCAACAUAGCCUUCCUCACCGUACAAAUUCCUCCUUCAAAGCCAUAUUUUAUCAUGGACGUGAAGACACCCUGGGUGGCAGGGAAAAAGUAUAGGAUUGAGUGUGUGGCCCCUGACGCAAAACCUGAUGCUGAUAUCUGCCUAUAUAAAGAUGGAGUCGAUCUGACAGGUGCAACGUCUUUUACCACAUCUGGCUCAAAGGAUAAGCUUCUGAACACGCACGCCGAAGUAACGUUCACUGCUCUGAAAUCUGACAAUGGAAGAGAGCUGACAUGUCAUGCCAACAAUGAAGCCACUUCCCAGCCUGUGGUGACCACGGUGACCAUGAAUGUGUAUUAUCCACCCGAUCCGCCAUAUAUUAUUGGUUUGGAGAGAAAUGAGAUUAUAGCAGGAAAAUUGCUUGUGCUGGAGUGUGUGUCCGAUGGUGGAAACCCCCUUGCCACUCUCCAAUGGACUAAGGAAGGCGAAGUUCUCUCUACAACCUGGGGAGAGGAAGUCGUGGGCCAAAGGUCCAGGAACAUCCUAAGACUAAAGAUCACCCCUGCUGAUAACCAGGCAGAGUUGAGCUGCGAAAGUUCCAAUAUUGUCUCCCUGUCUCCUCUAUACAUCACUCGAAAAAUAACAGUGCUAUUUGAUCCUGUGGAGUUGACGCUGUCGGGUUUGCUGGAGGCCGUCGAGGGGCAGGAGUUGACUCUGAGCUGCCAUGCUUCCUCAAGUAAUCCCGCAGUCCACAUUCGUUGGUGGCUCGGUUACAAGGAGCUCAACAACACUAGUGUCACAAUAGAAGAGGGAGAGAAUGGAGGGAUGACAACGAGCUCCAAUGUUACCCAUCAAGUCUUUCGGGAAGAUAAUGGGCUGACGCUGACCUGUGAGGCUUUUAACAAUGGCACUCAUGUCUCCAAAAUUCAGAUGGCUAAACUCACUGUAUUCUAUCCCCCUCAGAAAGUAUUCAUUGAGUCUCCGCCUGAGGAUGUUCCUCUUCGCUCAGGAACCAGGGUCAAGCUCGUUUGUCACUCCACUGGAGGGAAUCCUCCUGCGAAACUCACCUGGUUUAAGAAUGGAAAAGAAGUUUUCCUUACGCAGGCGCAAACAUCCUCUCACAUGGUUGUGACUCUGGUACUUAACCUGGUUUUGACAGCAAGCGACAAUCAGGCUGACUACCGCUGUGAUGCCACAAAUGAGGCAAUGAAAACAAUCUCUGCACAUGCUAAGCUCCUAGUUCAAUUUAAAGCAGUAAGCAUGAAGAUAACAGCCAAACAAGAGGAGCUGCGUCCAGGACAGGAGAUUAAUCUGGAGUGUCUUUCUGGGAGCAGCAACCCAAAGUCCAACAUCUCCUGGAGUGUGGGCUCAGUGAGGUUCCAGGGAGUGGAAGAGACACCUACAGAGUCGUUGUUUGGGGGUGUUUCUGUGCUCAGUAGGCUACACCUAAAGCUGACUUCGAAGCACCACAACCAGAAGGUGAUCUGUCAGGCCUACAGCCCUGUGUUGAAAGAGGGUUCAAAGACAUUUUACCACCUGAAUGUACUAUAUCCUCCUGAAUUCAGUCCUGAGAAGGCAACAGAAGUCCAGGUGGUGGAGGAUGACGUGGCUAUCAUCCCCCUGUUGGUCUCAGCUAACCCUGAGGUGCUCUCCUGCAUUUGGCAUCACGGCAGACAGAUGCUGGUCAAAGGGGAGGAUCUACGCCACAAGUGGACAGAUGAUCACUCUCUGGAGAUUAGAAAUGUGACGAGGAAAGAUGCCGGCAUCUACACCGUCAAAUGUGAAAAUGAUGAAGGUGUCAACCAAACUACUUUCACGCUGGAUGUUCUUUAUGAUCCCAAUGUCAAGGCGGAGAAAGACCCUGUGUUCGUUAACCAAGGAGGAAUAGCUGACCUGAUAUGUGUGGCAGAUGCCAACCCCAUUAUACCUGACAUGUUCUCUUGGAAAUGGCUAGGAGAGGAAGAGGUGGAGAUGGGAGAGGAGACCCAGGAAGAUGAAUCAAGCCUUCUGACCAUUCAUAAUGUGACUCGGGCUCACGCUGGUUUUUACCAGUGCACGGCCAGUAAUAGCAUAGCACUCCCUGCCAGUGUGGAGAUGCAGCUGGUAGUGCAAUUCACACCAGAGCUUUGGAAGGGACCACAGUGGUCGAAGGUUGCCAGUCGGGGAGAUGGCACUACCACAGCUGAGUUGGUGUGUCAGGCAGAAGGCAUUCCUCGUGUAGAAUUUAUCUGGAAAAAAAAAGGGAUGCUCAUUGAUUUAGCCAACCCCAGGUAUGAGGAGAGGACAGUGAGGGAGGGCUCCUUCCACACCAGCACUCUGCGAGUGGUAAAUGUAAGUGCUGCUCUGGACUACGCCGUCUUCAGCUGCACAGCUCGCAACUCACUUGGGGAAGACAAGCUAGACAUCCAGCUCGUCAGCACAAAUCACCCAGAUCCGCCUUCAUCGGUUCGUCAGGUCAGUGUUACCCACGACUCUGUCACUCUAGAGUGGAUCCCUGGCUUUAAUGGGGGCCUACAGCAAAGGUUCCGUAUAAGAUACAUCUGGGACAACUCCAUUAGCUUCAUGUAUGUAGAUGUUGUUCCCCCUGAUACAACAACCUUCACUGUUACAGGUCUUCAGCCCCUCACCACUUACAACUUCUCAGUUAAUGCCCUCAAUGCAAUAGGAGAGAGUGGCUAUGCUGACAAUGGUGCAGUACUGAUCAUCACCACUAAGGAGGCACUAACAUCAGAGGGGGAUCCAUUGGAUGAUGACGCUCAGUCUCCAAGUGCCCUGACAACCCAUUUGACUGUGGCCUUCACAGUGGUGUUUGGAGUCAUGCUGGUGUUGAAUUCGUUGGGCUGCUUCUUGGGGCGGAAGUGGAAGAACAGGCGUGACAAAACAAAGGCAAAAGGAGACAGGGCCGUAAAUGGACAAAAGCUUGAAGAGGAAAUGUCAAGUCAAUCAACUGCUAGCAACUCCAAUAAGUAUGAGAGCAGAGAAAAAAUCAACAUUGGAGCCCAGCACACCCUCCUCAUUGACUCUGGAUCUGAAACGGAGAGCAACAUCUACGAGAGCUACACAGCGUUUCAGGAAGACUCCCGUUAUUAUUAUCCUGCUGGUGAUUACAAACCUUCCAUGAGUCCACGCCCUGGAGAAAGAAGUGGCCUCGGAGUCAUUGCUGAGAACUUUGAAAGCCAUUUGUAUGAAGAAGUGGGAGAUACAAGAGUGUACCAGGACAUUACUCCCUACCCUCCCUUUUUCUCUGAGCGCAGACAAACCCAGCAAAUGGAGGACUUGAAGUCAUCAACAUUCCCUGAGAAACCCGGCCAGUUUAUGGAUCAUCAACAUCCAGAGAGGGAUUAUGAUCUGCCCUUCGAAUUGAGAGGAGAAUUAGUCUAGAGUGGGACAAUGACAUCAAUUCAACCACUUCUUCAACCCCAUGCAUUUAGGAAAAUUUUGUAAAGGAUUAUUCACUUGUCUUAAUUAUUUUGUAUCUUCUCAGGCUUGAUUCAAUUAACAUAUAAAAUGAGUUGAUUAAGAGAAAAAUACAAGAUAUUUGAUUGAUUUAUGUUAUCAUUACUGCCAUUUUUUUUUGCCUUACUUUUUCUCCCUAAAGGAAUAAUUGAUCUAAUGUACAGGGUUUCAUUUUACUCUGGCCCUGAACAAAAGGAAGGGAGGCUGUUACAAUGAUUUGCAAAACAAACAACAACAACAAAAAAACCAAUGAAAGCUUCUGUCGCCUCGAUGCAGUCAGGAAUGUCAAAACGAUAGAAUUCCCUUUCCCUCAAUACAGAUACCAAUAGCAUACUAUAAGCUUAUUUUUCACUUUUAUUCCCCUUUUCAAGGCCCCUUUCACCUUGUGAGUCUUUCUUUGAACCGAGUCAUGGUCUCUACCCAGAGCCCCCCCACCCCUCUCCUGCUUGCCUGCAGGUAGACAUAAAUCAGCCGGUUAGAGACAGAAAUGAACUGACAUGUUUGCGGUUGGCACUGGAGCAGAAGCAACAAAGGCUCAUGGUGCCACCCAAGCAGACAUCAUCCUUUUGACCCAUCUGACAUUAACAUUUUCCAGUGUGUAUCCAGAUGAGAACCUGAUGACAGCGCCUUCCCUUCCUCUCUCCCCCCCAUUGACUACAAAGACUUUCAGAUAUGACAGCUGGUCUUAUGGAGUCACUAUAAUGGGAUCAUAUUGAGCAGUAUUUAACACAAUUAUGCUUUAAGAAGAGAUAAGCCAUAUCUGUGACCAAACCUUAUAUAAGUGUUUUUUUUAUUUUACUUGGGUACUGGUAUAGUGGAGAAAACAACCCGGGAAUUUCAGAUUGAGACGAAAAAAGGUUAAGCUAAGCCUUAACUGUGGCCGCUAGUUUUCAAUUUAAUGCAAAGGCAAUAUUUGUUAGGUAAUCAAAUAUAAAUACAAAUAUUAAAUGGAAGUCCUAAUAAUCCUUUUAUGAAAGAUAUCAUAGAAACAAAUGAAAUUUCUACAAUUCAUCAUGCCAACAUAAAAAAAGUAAAAAGAAAGUUACUUAAAUACUGAGUAAAAAAAAAUCAUAAUAUCUGAAUUACUUA